AUGUUUGUGCUCAAUACAUUGCUGGUUUCAAUCUUCCUUGCGCGCGUCAAUGGCGCUCUCACCCAGGUGUCAAAUUUCGGCACCAAUCCUGCUGGCAUACAGAUGUUUGUGGAUGUACCCGCGAACGUGGUAUCUAAAGCCCCAAUCAUAGUUGCAUUGCACGGCUGUCACGGCUCGGCACAGUCAUAUUACAGGGACAACGCUCUGCCGACACUCGCGAAACAGAAGAAUGUUAUCCUGAUCUAUCCGUCGUCUACCCAUGACUUACUUUGCUGGGAUGCUGGUACCAAAAAGAGUUUGACCCGAGAUGGGGGUGGCGAUCCUCAAAGUAUCGUGCAGAUGGUGAAGUAUGUUGUAAACACUUACUCAGCCGAUGCAACUAAAGUCUACAUUGUCGGCACAUCCUCAGGAGCUAUGAUGGGCAACGUACUGGCGGCAGUGUAUCCCGAUGUCUUCGCCGCCGCAUCAGUAUACUCUGGGGUUGCAGCCGGCUGUACGGCAGUUCCUGACGGGACACCCCCCAACCCGUACGAUCCCUGCGCCUUGGGUCGCGUUACAAAGACACCAAAUCAAUGGGGCGACAUCGUGCGUUCUUACAAUCCAGGAUAUAGCGGUCCAUGGCCAAGGAUGCAGAUCUGGCACGGAACGAGCGAUAACAUUGUGGUUUACCAGAACUUCAUUGAGGAUUUGAAGCAGUGGAGUAACAUUCAUGGGGCUAGCUUCGGCUCCAACACAACGAAUAACCCAGAGACUGCAUACACUCGGAUUAACUAUGGUGAUGGAACCAAGUUGGUGGGCUAUAGCGCGAAAGGCGUAGGGCAUGUUGUUCCAGUCCACCCUGCACAAGCUAUUAGCUUCUUUAAACUCUAA